GCGAUUAUUAUGGCAGCAUCAUCGCAAUCCACGGCCUAGAUACCGAGUCGCCGCGAACAUGGGUUUUCGAUACGAAAGACGGAAGCCGCAUUGUGAACUGGCUGCAGGAUAGCGAUAUGCUACCGGCUGCCGUCCCAGAUGCCAGGAUUUACACGUACGACUGGGAUGCGAAAGUUUUCGACAAUGCGCCCGUCCAAACGUUACUGAGCCACGCCGACAAUCUCCUCAGCCUUAUAGCGGUAGAACAUAGUACUUCGGGUCGAUCGAUCAUCUUCAUCGCAUCUUGUUUUGGCGGACUUGUCCUAGCUGAGGCCAUCUGUCGGGCCGCCCAGGAGGGCAGCAAAUACCGCCAAAUACUUCAGUCCACCAUCGGCAUCGUCUUCUUAGCCACUCCAUUCUCCGGAACAGACGCAGCUCGUCCCGCAUCGUGGCUCGUAGUCAUAAAGGGAAUUAUGGGUAAAGAGGCGUCGGGUCAAUUGAUCAAGGAUCUUGAGGAGCGCCAUGCUUUCGUUCGCGAGCGAGUCCAGAAGUUUGCCGAAAUCGCUAACGACAAUGCCAUCCGAUUGCCUAUCUGGUGUUUCUUCGAAACAAAGAAAACCAAAAUCGCAAAAAAGAUCCUUCCAACACGGAUUUUAGAUACGUUGUCACACGGAUCGAUACUCGUCACGGAGUCUUCGGCCUGUCUCCAUGGGUUUCAUCGUCGGGGUCUCGGCAAAGCUCACGUAAUGAUGAACAAGUUCGAGGGAAAGGACUGCCCUGAUUUCAUACAAGUCAAAGAAGCCAUCCAGUCCAUACUGGAAGAGGCACCAAACACCCUAAAACGCCGAGUGAAAGAUACAAAGGAGACUCACUUUAUGGUUCCAUUCGGACGUAACGAGAACUUCGUUGGACGCGAAUCCAUCCUACAACAGCUCCUUAGCAGAAUCCCCCCGAGCACGAUCCAGGACGACUGCCAGCGGACCGCCCUUGAGGGCCUCGGAGGCAUCGGCAAGACCCAGAUCGCCCUCGAGGCCGCCUAUCGCGUCCGUCACAAACAUCCCGACUGCUCCGUCUUCUGGGUUCCUGCCGUCGAUGCCACCAGUUUUGAAAAUGCCUAUCGUGACAUUGGUCGCCAGCUUGGGGUAAAAGGAAUUGAAGAUGACAAGGCAGAUGUGAAGAUGCUCGUUAGGGUUGCCCUUAGCCACGAGAGCGCCGGCAGCUGGCUCUUGGUCAUCGAUAACGCCGAUGAUCUCAAGUUAUUUGCCGAUGCGACACUUUCAGACUAUCUCCCAUUCAAUCGGAACGGCUCCAUCCUUUUCACAACGCGGAAUCACGAGGCUGCAGUUAGGCUCGACAUCCCACAACAGGAUAUUAUGAAUGUAACUAAGAUGAACAAUGACGAAGCAACGAAUCUGCUACGAGCCGGGUUAAAGGAAGAUCAGAUACGCGACGCAGAGAGCAUAACACACCUGUUGGGAUUUCUCGCCAAUCUUCCCCUGGCUAUCAAGCAAGCAUCAGCUUACAUGGCUAAGACGGGCAUGUUAACUUCGAAAUAUCUUCAGCAUUGCCAGUCAAGCGAUAAAACCAUGGUUAAGCUUCUCAGCCAGGACUUCGAAGACCGUAAUCGAUAUAAGAACAUAAAUAACCCAAUAGCUACAACCUGGUUGAUCUCGUUUAACCAUAUUUCCCGAGAUUAUCCACUCGCUACACGAUAUCUAAGAUUUAUAUGUUAUCUCGCAGAGAAGGAUGUGCCAACAUCGUUACUCCCUCCAGGAGAGGACGAGCUAGAAUCCGAUGAAGCGAUAGGGAUACUGAAAGGAUACGCUUUUGUUAUAGAACGUAAAGAACCCGACUCGUUUGAUAUCCAUCGACUCGUUCGGCUAGCCAUGCGCAAUUGGCUGCAGACAAAUGGAGAGUGGCAAAAAUGGGCGAUAGAUGCAAUUCAGCACCUUACCGACAAGUAUCCAUUUCCUAUGCACGAGAACCGGAGUAUUUGGAUGAGAUACCUCCCACACGGACAGUUGGUAUUAUAUCUUCGAAAUAAGUUUGCUGAUAAAAAGACUGAUCUACUUUUUAAUAUCGCGGGGAGUUAUUCCAUGCUUGGAAAGUACAACGAGGCAGAACAGAUGUACCGGCAGACACUGGAGCUGAGGGAGCGGAUGCUGGGCAGAGAGCAUCCCUCCACACUUGCCAGCAUGAAUAACCUCGCACUUGUUCUUGAUAGCCAGGGGAAAUACAAAGAGGCAGAGCAAAUGCAUCGUCAGACACUGGAGCUGAGGGAACGGAUACUGGGCAGAGAGCAUCCCGACACACUUGGCAGCAUGAAUAACCUCGCAGGAGUCCUUCGAAAUCAAGGGAAGUACGAAGAGACAAAACAAAUACAUCGUCAGACAUUGGAGCUGACGGAGCGGAUACUGGGCAGAGAGCAUCCCGACACACUUGACAGCAUGAAUAACCUCGCACUUGUUCUUGAUAGCCAGGGGAAAUAUGAAGAGGCAGAGCAGAUACAUCGUCAGACACUGGAGCUGAGGGAGCGGAUGCUGGGCAGAGAGCAUCCCGACACACUUGACAGCAUGAAUAACCUCGCACUUGUUCUUGAUAGCCAGGGGAAAUAUGAAGAGACAAAACAAAUACAUCGUCAAACACUGGAACUGAGGGAGCAGAUACUGGGCAGAGAGCAUCCCGACACACUUGUUAGCAUGAAUAACCUCGCACUUGUUCUUAAUAGCCAGGGGAAAUACAAAGAGGCAGAGCAAAUGCAUCGUCAGACACUGGAGCUGAUGGAGCGGGUGCUAGGCAAAGAGCAUCCCUCUACACUUGGCAGCAUGAAUAACCUCGCAGGAGUCCUUCGAAAUCAGGGGAAGUACGAAGAGGCAGAGCAAAUACAUCGUCAGACAUUGGAGCUGAGGAAACGGAUACUAGGCAAAGAACAUCCCGACACAUUUGCCAACAUGAAUAACCUCGCAGGAGUCUUUCAAGAUCAAGGGAAGUACGAAGAGGCAGAGCAAAUACAUCGUCAGACAUUGGAGCUGAGGAAACGGAUACUAGGCAAAGAACAUCCCGACACAUUUGCCAACAUGAAUAACCUCGCAGGAGUCUUUCAAGAUCAAGGGAAGUACGAAGAGGCAGAGCAAAUAUAUCGUCAGACACUGGAACUGACGGAGCGGAUACUGGGCAGAGAGCAUCCCGACAUACUUGGCAGUAUGAAUAACCUUGCAAUUAUUCUUAAUAACCAAGGGAAAUAUAAAGAGGCAGAGCAAAUAUAUCGUCAGACACUGGAACUGAGGAAACGGAUACUAGGCAGAGAGCAUCCCGACACACUUGCCAGCAUGAAUAACCUCGCAGUUGUUCUUAAUAACCAAGGGAAAUACAAAGAGGCAGAGCAAAUACAUUAUCAAACAUUGGAACUAAAGGAGCGGAUACUGGGCAGAGAGCAUCCCGACACACUUGCCAGCAUGAAUAACCUCGCAAGAGUCGUUCAAAAUCAGGGGAAAUACAAAGAGGCAGAACAAAUAUAUCGUCAGACACUGGAACUGAUGGAGCGGAUACUGGGCAGAGAGCAUCCCGACAUAUUUAGUAGCAUGAAUAAUCUCGCAGGAGUCUUUCAAGAUCAAGGGAAAUGCGAAGAGGCAGAGCAAAUAUAUCGUCAGACAUUGGAGCUAAGGAAACGGAUACUAGGCAAAGAGCAUCCCGACACACUUGCCAGCAUGAAUAACCUUGCAGUUAUUCUUAAUAACCAAAGGAAAUACAAAGAAACAGAACAAAUACAUCGUCAGACAUUGGAAUUAAAGGAGCGGAUGCUGGGUAGAGAGCAUCCCUCCACAUUUGCCAGUAUGAAUAACCUUGCAAUUAUUCUUAAUAACCAAGGGAAAUACAAAGAGGCAGAGCAAAUAUAUCGUCAGACACUGGAACUGAUGGAGCUGAUACUGGGCAGAAAGCAUCCCGACAUACUUGCCAGCAUGAAUAAUCUCGCAAAUGUUCUUGAUAGCCAGGGGAAAUACAAAGAAGCAGAACAGAUACAUCGACAGACACUGGAGCUGAGGGAGCGGAUACUGGGCAGAGAGCAUCCUGACAUACUUGGCAGCAUGAAUAACCUCGCAAGAGUCCUUCAAAAUCAAGGGAAGUACGAAGAGGCAGAGCAAAUACAUCGUCAGACACUGGAGCUGAGGGAGCGGAUGCUAGGCAAAGAGCAUCCUUCUACAUUAAGAAGCAAAGCGAACUUAGAUGCUUGCUUACAAGCCAAGAUAGGUAAGGGAUUAUGACAAGUUUUGACCAAGGACUAGAUGGCUUUGUAAGUAGAAAUCCUCCUAAUUUUUUUAAGGAGCUUACCGACAAAUAUAAGAUAUCACACCA